CCAUGCUAUCGUUUAUUCAUUCGACAAAUAUUGAGCAUCCACCAGGAGUGGCUGGGGCUCCCGCGGUGAACAAAACCAGUCCCAACCUCGGGAAGCUUCCACUCCAGGCAGCAAGUUGCAGGCUUUGCCACCUAAUUCCAGAUCGCUCUGUCCAGCCUCGGGGGUGGUGGCAGGGCCUGUGGAGCCCCGGGGCCAGGCUGCUGGAAGGUCGGGGAACAGUGGGGAAGUCUCUUAGGCUCCCCCCACAGCGGCAUCUCCGAGUGGGCCCAUGGCCUGCUCUGGGCCCUUCGGCUGGCAGGACGCCCCCGGCGUCACCCAGGAGAGACGGUGGUGGCAGCAGGAUGGGCAGGGGCGAGCGGCAGAGUGGGAAUGGUUGGGGCUCUCCGUGUGACCUCCCCUGUGGGCCACACCUCGGGCCCGCACGUGUGUACCUUACCUCACAUAGACGAGAAAACGGGGGCGCACAACUGUGACACGUCCACCUCGCAAGAGGCAAGGUUGGGAUGAGAACUGAGAUCAGACUCCAAAGGUCUGUGCCCUUAGUCCUUGGGCAAGGACACUAGAGCCAGAUGUGGUUUGGCACCUGUUGGCCGACGGGGUCAAUAAAAUCAAACCAAACCAAACCCCGCCUGGAGGUUUCGGGCCUAGCCGCGGGGCUGGCGCUGCCACCGAGCCCUGGAACCAGCGGCCUUUGUGAGGUGGCCCUGGGGGUUGGCAGCAGUUCCAUCCUUGGGGGGGGAGGGGCUGCAGAAGCCCGGGACAGGGACCCGGGUAGGAGAUGGUUCUCACCAUGCUGGGGGCUCUGUACCCCAGGGCCGGGCUGAGCCUCUUCCUCCUCUACCUCAUCCUGGCAGCUGCACUCCUCCACCCCCAGCCACUGAGGCCUCAGCAAUCUGUUCCUGAAGAAUUCUCAGCCCCUCUGGAACUCUCGCAGCCACUUUCCGGCCUGGUGGAUGACUAUGGGGUUCGACCCAAGCACCCCUGGCCACGAGGCCCUCGCCCCCUCCUCUCCCGGGCCCAGCAGCGCAAGCGGGACGGGCCAGACAUGGCUGAGUAUUACUACGACGCACACCUGUGACGGGAGCCCCUUAUAAAGCUAUUCUGUGCAGCAAA